UUACUCUUGCUUCAUGCUUCUCUUUAUGCUUAUGUAAACUUUCCGCCCCGAACAUCUUCUUUCCUUCGAGUAAAUUCAGCGCGGAUUGAUCUCGAACGUUAUUCCAAAUCGAUCAGUGAGAUGAUGUAGCUCUCUGUUUCUCAGGAAGAUGGUCCAUGGAACGUGCCAACAGCCUGUGCAGCGAUUCGAGCAUCAAUAAGGAAUACAGGAGAGCAUUCAGGACCAAAUCUUAUGUGGAAAUCUGCAACAUAGUGCAGGACCAGCUCGGAAAGCCCAGUACCUUAAAGCUUUCCCCUGCCCCAUCUAAGAGCAGGAGCUCCUACUUGCAUCUAUCCCAGAACCUACUCUCGCCUCGGCAAGAGACCCUGACAGAGUGGAUCAAGACAUUAGACUUGCAUCCUCUCAUCAUCGACUACUUCGAAUACAGCCUGGAGGCAUGCCGAAUGUGCGAACUACUCAUCCUAGGUGUCCAUCAGACCCGAGCUAAUAACCGACGGAUCAAAAGGGCGAUCAAGCUAACCAAGAAGGUAAAUGAUGCGAUGAGCGGUACUGAUCAUCAAUGCGGGAUGAUAUGCGAAGAGCUAUCUGUAUUUUCGCAAUGCAGGAAUCCAUUUUACCUAGUCAGCAAGGAGAAGUUCCAUGAUGUUCAUCAAGCAUUUGCCACACUGCUUCAGAAAUUGAAAGCCAAGCACAAGAAGACGAUGAGGAGGGCGAAACUGAAACGAAUCGCAAUUUCAAUGGGGUUGAUGGGUUGCACAGUGGGACUACAUAAGACGAGGACCAAGCCGGUCCGGGGAAAUCCUAAGAUGACCAGGCAAGAAGUACUCGGCGCGCAGCUUGAUGAGGCUGCAAAGGGCCUCUUUAUUUUAAUCGCUAACAUAGGUACCAUGAGUGUAGUGGCGGAAAACUUGUAUGACGAGGUUGAGCACAUGAAACGACUUGCCAACAUGUGUGUGCAGAGCAGGAAGAGCGAGAUUUUAAAGGAGGUGGUAAAGGGAUUCGCUCAUCAUAAUACCUCCUUCCUGGAGCAAUUAGAGGAGCUGGAAAACCAUGCCUGCCUUUGCCUACACGACAUUAACGCGUCCAGGAGAUCCAUCAUGCAAGAAAUAAUGGUGCCUCAACAAUUUAGAUGACGGGGAAAUGGGGUGAUAGAUGAAUCAUUUCAUAAGAAAUGACAUCAUACCGUGAUGUUUUCGGCGCAAUAAUCUUUUGCGCAAACUGGAUCUUCCCUGAAUCAGGCAAAAUAGCUGCUAUUAAGGCUUUGGCAAG